UUGCUUCAUAAUAUCGGGAAUUUAACAGGAUGCAUGUAACAUUACAUCUUGCAAACUUUUAUGUGCUUUAUUUUAUCAUCCGAGAUAUAACGUUGCCGCAUAAGUUACAUGUGCAUGCUACCGCGACAAUACUUAGUCAUCCAGUAUAUUCAUUGGAAAGAUGUUGACAGGAUUGGUAAAUGAAACGGUAACAUUCGGUACACUCUAGUGUUUGUGGUUAAAAUGUUACUAAUGGUUGUUGUUAGAGACAGACUUGCUAGAAAUGAUUUACACUCCUGUUAGGUUUUUAAAGUGGCAUGACAGGAUUUCUUCUGUUUGCGUUUAAGUACAGUGCGACAGUAGCCUACGUAUUUUGUCGCUAUCUUCAUUUCCCCCUAUACCAGAUUUUAUUGCGUGGUAUUUGUCUAGCUAGCUUGCAUGUAAAGAUGACAGGAGGCGAUGAUGUCAUUGAUAACCCCUCCCAUGCUCAUCAAUAUGACAAAUAGAAUGUCCUUUGGCUAACUAUUGAGAUGACAUCUCUUCGAACUAGGCUGUAACAUCAGAACGUCCAUCCGUUAGGCGGAAGUUCCAUAGAACCGUCCACUGGUUGCAGCUAUUAGCAGAGGUUGGUGGGAUUUCCAGGACUGCCAGAGAGCCAUGGGGUUUGGGAAGCAGGAGGCGACCCGGGUCCAUGCCCCCUGCAGCGCGCUCACAGUCUGGCUCUGCUGAUGGAGCGUCCCAGCGGACGCCCGCUCAACUACGCCUGGCACGGAGGACGAGGAGAAGGAGAGGAAGUUUAAGCAGCAUUCUUCAGCCCAAGCUGGAGAGGUUUUAGAUUUCAGCAGAAGCAACAGACUACUCCACACGCUUUCUCUCGCGACGUCUCAAACAACAUAGGAAAACAAGCAGCUCGAUCCUUGACCUCUCCGAACCCACCUGAGGCGAUACCACCAGGGCUUUUAGCAGAGCAACCCGUCGUCCCCCAUUCUCUCUCCUGACCCCUUUCCAAUCUGACUUUGUUACCUGUGGCUUCCACCAUUUGAUUUGGUGCUCUUGAGCGAGAGCCGUCUUGACUGAGCACUAACGGUACAAGGAAAGAGAGAGAGAGAGAGAGAGAGAAAGAGAGAGAGGAGAGGAGAGGAGAGGAGAGGAGAGGAGAGGAGAGGAGAGACUGUGCACUCCCACUCUGUGACUGCUCGAGCACCAUGGCCAUCUGGAGAACAGCAGGGCUGAGUGUCGCACCACCAGAACUGGGCAGACUGUAGGAGGGGCACACCCCACCCGGUAGCAGCAGCCGCCAAGCUCCAACACCCAUGCCAUGGAAGGGGACAUCAUCCUGGUUGCACACACUGAGGGUUUGAAUGGGUUGCCUCAAGAAUGUAAGCAGACAGUGGAUCUGACCAAUGGACACUCCAAUCAUAAACCUGAGAUGAAUGGAGUGGGUCCAGGCCAUGCCAUCAUUAAGGAGCACACCAAUGGACACUCCCUUCACAAACCAGUGCCAAUUUCUGCGCUGAAGCAGAAUGGCCUGUUGCAGUCCCUGGCAGCAGGAGGUGAUCAGCCUCACACAGAAGAGGUGAACUCGGAGGUAGAGAGGGCCAGAGAGGAAUGGGAUGCCCUUGAGAGCAUCCAGCCAGUUCUCCCCGAGGAGCUCACUCCCUCCCCGCUCAUCCCCUUCAACGAGGCCCUGCAGCACUUCCAGACCACAGACCUCGCUGAUUUCUUGAAGAACAUCCAGCCCACCAUUCGUAGGACUGGUCUGGCGGCCAUCACACACUUCCUGUUUGGUCCGCCCCGACUGCACAAGGAGCUGCUGGAGGAGAGGGACCUGGUGUUUGCCAUUGCACAAUGCUCACUGGACAACGGGCAGCCCGUGCACAUGCGUGUGUUGCAGACCAUCUACAAGAAACUGACUGGCAACCGCAAUGACUGCCCGCGCCUUGGACCACACUGGGAGAAUGUUGGUUUUCAGGGAAUAGACCCGGCCACAGACUUGCGAGGCACAGGCUUCCUGGGACUUAUGCACACACUUUACCUGGUCAUGGAUCCAGAAACACUACCUUUAGCAAGAGACAUCUACAAGCUCUCCCAGCACCCAGUGCAGAACUUCCCCUUCAGCGUGAUGUCCAUCAACAUGACACGCAUUGCCUUGCACGCGCUCAGAGAGGAGGUCCUAUCCAAGGAGUGUAACCGACGGCAGCAGGUUGUCGCGGUGAUAAACGACUUCUACGCAGCCACGUUCCUGCACCUGUUCCAGCUGUGGAAGAACGAGCAGAAGACUAUCUCAGACUCUGGCUACGUGCUCAAAGAGGUGGAGAUCUUUGCCAAAAAGAACCCCAAGCAGAUCCUGAGGCGCCUGGAGGCCUUCCUGAAAGAGAGGCGCACCAGGAUAGGGCACCGAGCAUCACCCGACAGCCUGUCUCAUAGCAACCGUUCCCCUAGCGACAGGGGGUCCAGCCUGGGGACCCAGGGGACCAAAGAGGGCAAAGAGAUGAACUUCACCGGGGUGUGUGAGCUCCCGGCCGAGAUGGAGGGAGAGGCCAGACUCAUCUGAGGGGAAAGAGAGCAAGAGUGAGAGUGGAAGAGAGUGAGGAGAGGGAUGGUACAACGUUGUCAUGAAGUUGAAGAUUUAUCUCUUUCAAACUUUCUUUUCCUCUCACUCACCUUUUGCACACAACAGCACGCACACAGACACCUGCACACACACACACACAAAUACACAUGUGCGCGCGCGCCUAGCCAGCAUGGCUGCACAUCUGUCUUGGAGAGCUGCUCCUGUUUCCCUUUUUCCCCCACAGAGUAGACAUCAGGAUUUAGAUUCACUACAAAUCUCUCUCCCUCUCUCUAUCUUCUUCUCUCCCUUUGCCUAUUUCGAUAGUUUGUUCCUAGAAGAACCCCUCGUACUGUAUAUGCUUACACAGAUAAGCCGCCAAGGUGAAUAGUUGCCAAAUAUUGUUUUUUGUUUUGUUUUGUUUGUUUGUUUUUUUUGGUCUUUCCAACUAGUUGGAGCUUGUUGCUGAUGUUACAGCAUUCUCAUGAUCCGUAGGGUGGUUGGUGGUAGGCUCAAGAUGAGGCUCAGGGAGAGUGACUGAGGUUAAUGAGGUUUAAGGCUUAUGAGGUUGGUUGGUUGGUUUGUUUAUGGUUGGCUGUGCACAGGCUGCAUAGACCCCUAAUGUGAGGCUAGAAAGAAGACAGUCACUAAAAGGAAAAUAUCUGAGAUGAGAGCGAUAUUUAUAUUUUGUGCACUAAGCGAGAGAUAGAUUAGGAGAGAUCCAUGUGUGUUGGCUUAACAAUAUCUGUUAGCUUGCAUGUGUGUGUGUGUGUGUGUGUACGUGUUAAAGUGUUCUAUCUAUUUGCUCAAAGGCGUUGGUCUGCUUUGUAAUUGUUGUGUAGGAAACACGGUGUCUUUCUGCGCAGGUUGUAGAUGUAAAACACUUAUUAACAGUGCAAUCAAAGCCCUCGUGAGGCUCUCCUAACCUUGCAAGUGUGUGGUAGUCGUAUUCCUUGAGUGAGAGUGAGUGAGGUAGAUGGUUCGGUUGAAGUCUCUGCACUAUUGAUUUUCCUUUCGGAGCUCUACAAGUGUUCUCUAUGGAUAAAUUCUAGCUGUAUAAAUAUAUAUGAGUAUAUUUUUCAAAGACUUUACACUGAAGCUAUUUUAUUCUUAACCAAUAUGAAGAACACAAAGUAACGCGGCGCCUCCUCGUGUCCCUCAGGAGUCCGUUUGUCAAGGAACUCCUGGCGGUCACUGGGUCUGGUGCUCUGGCUGCAAGUUUUUAAAGCAUUGACAAGGGGGGUGACGUGUAACCACAUGGGACUCAGCUGCCCUCUAGGACUGUUACCAUGUCCCCCACAUCAGAGAAAUUGGGAUGCGCAUCAACCAUCUCCCUUACACCUAGCCGCCAGCCUAGCAGAAGGCUAACAGUCGUGGCUUAGCCUCCCCCUUGUGAGUAUGCACAGGGCCCUGCUGGACAAUAGCCUCCUCCUGGCUAGCAGGUUCUUGUAAUCUGCAUGCGAAAAAAAGACAGGUUCCCCUGCAGAACCCAUGCUGGUGACUGUAGAUAUAGUCCUAACCAAGUCUAUAUUUUGUGUAUGCAAAACAGGGGUGUAGCAUUUUGUUAAAAGUAAAUGCGGUACGUCUUUGCAAUAGUGGUAGGAAGCUAGUGUGCCACACCUUCUCCGGUAAAUGUCAUUUGAUGAAAAGAAUGAUGAUGAAAAGCGCUUAUACAUUCAGGAGAGUGUUCCUCGACACUUCAGGGUAGAGACCAAAACCGAUUCUGAAACCGUUCUUGCGUUCAUUUAAAUGUGAGAACACUUAACAGAUAUCGUCAAAUUAAUUUGAUUAGCAGGUAAGUUUUUAAACAGACUCUACGUUUUUUGUCAGGGCUCAUCCAUAAAGCACCAGUCAAAGCGAUACUAGGGUAAAUGUUUGUUGUUGGCAACAGUGGGGUUGAGAGUAGUAGGACUUCCUAGCUACAUGUAUUGCAACAGAUGACAAGAGUCAGAUAUGGGUGACAAUGGUGUUUUUUUUUCCUUUGAGAGAUCCUGGAUGAAUCUCCUACUUUGUCUGUUUUGAUGGAAGGACGGUCUCUGAACUCACUUAUUCGUAGCAUGCUCCAUAGCACUAGAACCGUAGCACCAGAGAAUUGUUGUUGUUUUAUUUGUUAUUUGAUUUAGUUUUUCUUUGUUUGUUUGAAUUCCUUGUUGAAAAAAAAAAGGCUUGUUCUAUUACUCUGUAUGUUCACCUACGUCUCUUUUCUGGAAGAAUUCUUAAGUGUUGUGUCUGAGACUUUAAACACAGUAUAUUUCUGUAACUUUCUCCAGUUUGUUCAGUUCCCUUCGCAAACAAGAAAAUAGACUCAGUGGUUGAAUGUUAGGAGUUGUCACUUUUAGUCCCUGUGUUUAGUUGAAUGGAAGAGUAGUAUUUUCUGUACUUGAAUGAGAGCAGUGCCCCUUAGGAUUGUGAUGAUCGUUGAUGAUCGUUGGGAGCUGCGAUGUGGCACAGAGAAUCCCAACUUUUAUUUUUUUCUUCUCGCAUUAGUUGUGCAUUUGUUCAUUUCCUGAUUCAUUAGCCAAUGAGUCAUUACCCAGCGAGACUUUUCACCCAUCCAGGAAUAACAUUAGAGUACACAGUACACAAACAUAUACACACACACACAAACACACACACACACACACACACACACACACACACACACACACAGUCAGGCCAAUGGAAGCAUGACUAUUAAAUGUGACAAACUUGGCCACAAACGCAACUAUCCUCUCAAUUCUGUGUAAUUACAUUUUGUAUGCACACACACACACACACACACACACACACACUCCUGUAUGCUUCUUUCCCUCUAUUUGCUGACAUCACCUCCAUGAACACACACACACACACACACACACACACACACACACACACACACACACACACACUCCAACCCAGUUGGACUCGUUGUGAGUGUGUCUGAAGCUCCCCGAUUGUGCCGUGUGAUUCUGCGAGCUGACGUGGCAGUGGGGAGAAACACUAGUGCCUCUGAGGGGUGGGGUCACCCAGCGCCUGGGGAGAAGCCCGGUGGGACUUUAUAAAGCAUUCAUAAGCUGUUUAUAAAGCAUUCAUAAGCUAUUUACAAAGCAUGACCACAGCUGUGUGUGUGUGUGUAGGGGUGGGGAGGGGGGUAAUCUGCAAGUGUUUAUAAAGCAUUCAUAAGCACUACGGAAUAGCUGCGGGGUUGUUCUCAUGUAGCCCCCCCCCCCGCAUUAGCUACAGUGGACCAAGAAUAUAGGGAUGCAAUCUCUGUGGGUAAACAGAGUAGUGGGAAGCGUGUUGUCAGAGGAGGGGUGGGGAUUGACUCGGCGGAUGUCCCGCACAGCUGCUGCAUGCCCAUGAAGGAACAUUCCAUGCCAGUCGCCCCCUCCAUGCCAGUCUCCAUGGCACGGGGGUGAGAACGUGGCGAACCCUUGCCCACACAAAAAAAAGUGAAGCCCGAUUUGUAGCUGAGCGUGCACGUCUGCGUCAGAGGCGCUGUCUGUGGACAAUCUGUGGACUCUCUCUCUCUCUCUCUCGGAGAGGUCAGCCAGGAGUGGCCUGAUGCGAGGCGAGGAAACGAGCAUUGGCACGUGUACAUAGAGAAUAUAAGUGAAGAUUGUAACAGUGCGAUUGUUAUGGGGGGGUGGGGGUUGUAAUGUCAUGUAAAACCUCAGGCUUGAGACAAAUCUCUCACUGUCUUUCCUCCUAAUUCCUCUUCUUUUCUGAUAGCUGAUGAACAACAGUGAUGUCAUAACAGACACACAGAAUAUACAACAUGGUCCCUGAAACCCAACAGCUACACUGUUACAACAUGAGCUUCUUUCAUCUUUUAUCCAGCUUUUUCUUUUCUUUUCUUUUCUUUUUUUUGGUUUGUUUGGGAUUUUAUUUUUGUGCAACAGUCUUAACAGUGCAUUAUCAAACACAGUUCACCCGAACAGCAGACUAAUAGGGUAAUUCAAAAGAUUGUGCAUUGUUUCUCUUAGGGAUGUUAAUGACGAAGUGGUUGGAAUAAACCUUCUCUCUUGGUAAGUUUUCAGGUCUAGUUAGCUCACAUCUUUAAUUUUAUUUUUUUCCCCAAAGUUUUCCAUCUUUUUCUUCCUUUCCUGGGACUCCCUUCUGCCGUGUGAUGGGAGACUGGAUAAGGCGUCAGUCUCGUUCUUCUCUCUCCCUUUUUCUGAAAUGCGACUUAGGUGGGAUCACAGAGUCCAGCGCUACCCCUCCUCCUCUUCCUACCCCUACCCUCCUGCACAUUCCUCUGGAGGUGUUUUGUUAUUGUUGUUGUUGUUUGUCUGUUUGUCCCUCAGAGCAUUCUGUCCCCCCAACCCCCCCCCCCCCCCUCCCUCCAGUAUACCUGAUUGUAGAAGUCCAAUUUUAUAAUGAGAAUAUAUUUCAGAAUAUAUGCGUACAGUUGUACAGUAAUGUAUUGUAUGAAGAAUAUUAAAAAUAAAAUUGCAACCUAAAA